GCAAUCUUUUUCAUGUUAUGUACACACCAAGUGUGAUUUUGAAAAAAAGUAAUUAUUUGGUUGAUUAAACCUGUUCUGCUUGUGUUUCUUUCCAAAACAUCAUCUAGAUUCUGUUUCUCUUCAGUGGAGCUCUUUAACAUCAAGCUUUUACCGCUUAAAGCAUCGAUUUUUCUGUUACUACGUAGUUUUAUAUAAUUGGUGAUAAUGUCUGAAAAACGAAGCUAUCGCGCUUGCCUUUUCGAUAUGGACGGCUUAUUAAUUGACAGCGAAGAAGUUUACACCGAGACCACAAAUCAAAUUUUAGCGCGCUACGGUAAAGGGCCUCUCAUCCUUCCUGUCAAGGUGCAAAUGAUGGGACGACCAGGACAUGAAGCGGCUCGCGUUGUUAUUGAAUGGUCUGGUAUUCCAAUGACACCUCAACAAUUUGUUGAUGAACAACAAGUUAUACGGGCAAAGUAUUGGAAAAAUGUUAAGCUGAUGCCAGGAGUUGAGAGCUUGAUCACUAAUCUUGAGAACCGCAAUAUUCCAAUUGGUUUAGCAACAUCUUCCAAUACCGAGAACUUUCGCAUGAAGACAGAAUACCUGCAGCAUUUAUUUCGUUGUUUUGGUUCACGUAUCAUCACUGGGGAUGAUAAAAGGAUUCCCGAAGGGCGUGGUAAACCGUACCCCGAUAUUUGGCUCCAAACGCUUAAUCUCAUUAACGAGCAACUUCAAGCUAAUGGCUUGGAACCAGUCAAGCCGGAAGAAUGUCUUGCUUUUGAAGAUAGCAUUCCAGGUGUAAAAAGUGCAAAAGCUGCUGGUAUGCAUGUGAUUUGGGUCCCUGCCGAAGCAGUCCUUCGGUUUGCAAAAGAUGAAAUACCAGAACUUUUGGAUGAGCAAUGCGAAAUUCUUAAUUCUUUGGAAGCUUUUGAAUUUGGAAAGUAUUUUCAAUCUUAGUGUUCUAUCACUAAUAAAUGUAGACAGCAAACAAUUUUUGUAGGGUCUAAAUAUCGAAGUUUAAGCACUCAAGUACUAGCUACUGAUCUUAUUGUCGACCGCUUACAAAUAGCAUACUAUAACUGAAUAUCAUUGAAACGAGUUAGGGAAUUCAGAGAAUGUUGCGAACAUUAAUGCAUUUUCAAC